AUGGUUUUCUACGAAACUGGUUCUGAUCACGGGUUGCCCUACGAUCCUUUCAAAGCAUGCGUAGUGCCCCGCCCAAUCGGCUGGAUAUCCACCCGCUCGCCCCGAGGAACCGACAACCUAGCCCCCUACUCCCAAUUCACAAACCUCACUUUUGAUCCCCCUUACGUGAUGUUCUCUUCCAACCGUACCCCAGACGGCAAACGCAAAGACACUGUUGAAAACGCAGAAAGCACUGGUUUCUUCGCCUGGAACCUAGCCACUUAUGCUCUUCGCGAAGAAGUAAACAUCACAGCUCAACAAUUAGAUCCCUCCGAAGAUGAAUUUACGCAUGCAAAGUUGGAGAAAGAGGAAGCGAAAAAGAUUCCAGUGGCGUUGGUAAAGCAAAGCCCUGUGAGAUUUGAAUGUGCUUUUGAUAGGGUGAUUGAGUUACCUGGGAACCCGCCUAUGGGUACUGUCGACAUAAUCUUCGGCCGCGUCCUCGCCGUCCACAUCACCGACACCGUACUCACAAACGGCAAAAUAGACAUUGCCAAAACAGAACCUAUAGCACGGCUCGGAUACUAUGAGUACGCGGUUAUAAGAGAAACUUUUGAGAUGAAGAUUCCAGGGACGAAUAAAGCGCUGUUGGAUGGGCUUGAGGGGUCGAGCAAGGCGAAUAGGGAGCUGGAGGGCAAGGAUGCAGGAGUGGGGCAAUUGAAGAGGGCUCAGAGUGUUGGUGCUGAGGCUGCUAUUGGAGAGAGCAAGUGA